AUGGCCAGCUGCCUCGUCAGCGCCGGCGCGGAGGUCGACGCCAGGACCAGCCUGUAUCAGCGCACGCCCCUGCACUUUGCUGUACUGUAUGGCCACGAUGGUGUGGUGCGGCUGCUGGUCGGCGCCUCUGCUGACCCCAACGCCAGGGAUUACGUGGGGCAGACGCCGCUGCACUGGGCGGCAGAGUGGGGCCAGGCAGAGGCGGCGGCUGAGCUCCUCCUGGCGGGGGCGGACAGGGGGGCCCGGGAUGACAAAGGCAGGACCCCCCUGGACCUCACCAGGAAGCAGCAGCUGGUGGAUAUGCUGACACAACGCUGA